GUUUAUUUCACCGAAAAAACAAUAACGAAAUCAUCAGAUCGUGAAAUAUUUUUUGGGAGAAGAAGAAAGUUUGAAUUGCGAAAAUGGGAAACCUCAGCUGCGAAAGAUCUAUGUCAAUCUCCCUGUAGAUGUGUCUUCUCCAUAGAAGCUUCAAUUCAUCAGAUCUCGUUGAUUAAUCCGCUGCAUUUUGGAUCUGAUUUGAUAAUCCUAAAGAAGAAAGCAAGCAAGAAACAUGGCAGGAGCGGCCUCCGCGCUGUUUCUGCUCGAUAUCAAAGGUCGCGUUCUCGUCUGGCGUGACUACCGCGGCGAUGUCUCCGCCGCUCAAGCCGAACGGUUCUUCACUAAGCUCAUCGAGAAAGAGGGUGAUUCACAGUCAAAUGAUCCAGUUGCUUACGAUAAUGGGGUGACUUACAUGUUUGUACAACAUAGUAACGUUUACCUGAUGAUAGCAUCCAGAAAGAAUUGCAAUGCUGCCAGUCUUCUCUUCUUCCUUCACCGUGUAGUUGAUGUCUUCAAGCAUUACUUCGAGGAGUUAGAGGAGGAAUCGUUGAGGGAUAACUUUGUUGUAGUGUAUGAGUUACUUGACGAGAUGAUGGACUUUGGGUACCCUCAGUAUACCGAAGCAAGAAUCCUCAGUGAAUUCAUCAAGACUGAUGCAUAUAGAAUGGAAGUUACACAGAGACCUCCUAUGGCGGUGACAAAUGCUGUCUCCUGGAGAAGUGAGGGAAUACAGUACAAGAAGAACGAAGUUUUCUUGGAUGUAAUUGAGAAUGUAAAUAUUCUUGUCAACAGCAAUGGGCAAAUUGUCAGGUCUGAUGUUGUUGGAGCACUGAAGAUGCGUACUUACUUGACUGGAAUGCCAGAAUGUAAGUUAGGACUGAAUGAUAGAGUCUUGCUGGAAGCACAGGGAAGAGCAACAAAGGGAAAAGCCAUUGAUUUAGAGGACAUCAAAUUUCACCAGUGUGUCCGAUUGGCCCGUUUUGAAAACGAUAGGACGAUAUCUUUCAUACCACCUGAUGGGGCUUUUGAUCUGAUGACAUAUAGACUUAGUACUCAGGUAAAGCCUCUUAUAUGGGUGGAAGCGCAAAUAGAAAGUCAUUCCAGAAGUCGUGUUGAGAUGCUUGUUAAAGCUAGAAGUCAGUUCAAGGAACGAAGCACUGCAACAAAUGUUGAGAUUGAGUUGCCUGUACCAACCGAUGCAUCUAACCCCACCGUUAGAACAUCUCUAGGGUCUGCCGCUUAUGCUCCUGAAAAAGAUGCAUUGGUCUGGAAAAUUAAAUCUUUCCCCGGCAACAAGGAGUACAUGUUGAGGGCAGAGUUCCAUCUUCCGAGUGUAACUGCAGAAGAAGCAACACCUGAGCGAAAAGCUCCUAUCCGUGUCAAAUUCGAGAUCCCUUAUUUCACAGUCUCAGGGAUUCAGGUUCGGUACCUGAAGAUAAUCGAGAAGAGUGGGUACCAAGCACUUCCAUGGGUGAGAUACAUAACAAUGGCUGGUGAGUACGAACUAAGACUCGUGUAAGUCAAGGCUCGUUCGGUUUAUCUUUUAUGCCAAUUGUGGUUCCCACAUUUCCUCGGGGAAGUUGCCUGAAUCAAUGAAAAAAACCAUACAGGACAACAAUAGAUUAAAAAGAAAACGUUUUGAAACUUUCUUUAGCUGAUCAUAUUUUUGACUUUAAUCUGUUUUAGUAGCCAUAUUCUUGUGAAUUUGUGUUUAUGGUGUUUUUUGUUUAAUUUUAUUUUACAUGAGGCCCUUUGUAACCAUUUACGACAUGGUUCGUUUUUUUUUCUACUGCCGCUACAUUCUGUCUUUGUUUUGUAUUUCGAUCAAA